CCGUUGAAUCCUGUAUGUCUAUUGGCUGCGGAUAGCCGCGGGAUUCAGGGUCCGGCGGCGGGCUCGAAUAAAUGAGAAGACGGUGUGUUCGGUAAUACUAUGGAUUUAUUCUGUAAUAAGCCUACGUUCUAAUAUAUACAUUUCCCUACGCUAAUAUGUACAGUAUGGUCCUCGUAGGCCGGUAUUCAUAGUCCAUUCUUAUAUUUAGGAUUAUCUCAAGCACGUUCUUAAGAUGCCAUCUAGAUUCAUAGUCAUAAACUAAGAUUUCCUUAAGCAUUGUCUUAAGCUUUACCUUCAUGAAGAUAAUCUUAUUCUAUUAUGAUUCAUAGUAACUUCUUAAGUCUAUCUUAAAACUAGUUAGAUUCAUAAUCAAAUAAGGCGGUCUUAUUUGAAUGGAAUAAGACUAUAUUUAAUAGAAAGUAAGGUUAGAUUUUCAAGUCAACGUCGUACAUGACUUAAGAUAAUCUUAUUUUUGUAAGUAGAUUAUUAAAUAUAAUAAAUGGAGUUAAUAGGACAAAUUAGUGAUAUUGAAGAUAUCGAAGAUGAUUUUGAAAAUGUGGAACGUGUACGAAUACGAAAACGAUACAUUCGCGAUGGACAAAACCCUUUUGAAUUCUACAAUAAUUUACAAUUUAAAAAACGCUAUAGAUUUGAUAAAGAUUCCAUUCUAUAUGGUAUAUUACCAAAAAUUGAAGAAGGAUUAGCAAAAAUUAAUAAUCGUGGUCUGCCGAUUUCACCAGUAAUACAAUUGUUAAUAUGUUUAAGAUAUUAUGCAACUGCAAGUUUUCAGCUUCUUCUCGGUGAUAUAAUGACCGUUUCGCAAUCAACUACAUCAAGAAUCGUUUUUCGUGUAAGCUUAUUAAUUGCCAGCUUGCUUAAGGGGUUACACCAACCUAACCGAGCGCGCAUCAAUGUGGCCGAAGUACGAGCGCAGAAGGCGACGCGCGAAGAAAAGAUUGCUCGCUGUCAACAAAAGUCUUCACAAAGCACUGCUGUUAUUGAUGUGGAAGGAAUCUCAUAUGGCCCCAGAAUUGUCGACUAG